AUGCAGGCGGCUGCCGACGCCGUAGAGUCCGGGAUGGUCAGUGUGAUAGGUCUGGAUGCUGAAAAGACAGAAGCGCUCUGUGCCAAAGCAUCCGAGGAUUCUGGCAAGAAGAUUCAAGUGGCCAAUUAUCUGUGCAAGGGAAACUAUACUGUGUCUGGCGACAAGGAAGCAUGCGCCAAGCUUGCCGAGAUUGCCAAGCCAGAAUUCAAGGCUAGGAUGGCAGUUCCCCUGGCGGUCGCUGGGGCCUUCCACACAGACUUCAUGGCUCCCGCCGUGGCAAAGCUCGAGGAAGUGCUGGCGAGUGUUGACCUGAAGAAGCCCCGGAUUCCUGUGGUGUCCAAUGUCGAUGCCAAGUCGCACUCCGAUCCAGAGAUGAUCAAGGCCAUACUUGCGAAACAGGUCACAGCGCCUGUGCAGUGGGAAACGCAGAUGAAGGACCUAGCGGGAUCUGGAAGCUUCGAGCGUGGCUUCGAGUGUGGGCCGGGCAAGGUCAUCGCUGGCAUCAUGAAGCGCAUCGACAAGAGCGCCGCAGCAAACGUGACAGGUGUUCCAGCUUGA